AUGUCGAUGUCAAACUCCAGUCAGCUACAAUUCCAGAUUGGCGAAAUCUGGUCUAGUGAGGCCGUCUCUAACUUCAGCAAUCUUUGCAUCAAGAAUGCAGCCUCGAGCACCUUCAAUUUCGAACAAACACGAGAGAUGCCGCCAGGUUGGGCAGUGUCGCUCACUUUCGGGUUCAUGACACUAAGCGGUGAAGGCGAGAAGUUCAGCAUUAACCUUCCGGGCCCUUUUUACAGCAAGAAGGAGGCCAAAGCUGCAGCUGCAGGAGAAGGACUCAAGAUCCUUACUGAGGCCGUAACAAAGAGAAAUAGAGAAUGCAUAAGCAAGGAAAUGGAGAGCAACAGCGACGACACGGCGAAUGAGGAUUGGAUUAGUCUACUUGGAGAGUAUUGCCAGCGUAGGCGCAAGCGCAUGCCCAUGUUCCAAGAGUUUGGACUCGGUUCGAGUCACUCAAUGGAAGUCACGAUACAAGAUCGCCCAGAUGAGCCCUUUGGUUGCCGCAACAACCUUUUCAGCAGCAAGAAGGCGGCCAAGAUGCAUGCGGCACGUGAGGCUGUCAUGUGGCUUCGUGAGAUCGGGCAGAUGUCAAGAAAGAGCCGUUCGUCGGUGGACACGACCGCUGUUCAAGCGGGUACUAUCCAACUCGGAAGUGGAAACUCCGUUGCUGGAAACGUCACCAAAGCCGGCCAGUCUCCUUCGGACACUCGCGACACUGGGCUCGAAGCAUGGCUAGACAUGCGUGACCAGGAUGGUCCGAGUCUUGGAGAUCAAAUUAUGGGCAUGUGGUCUGGUGCGGCGUACUUCAGGAAUGACCCGGCUGUCGCGCUGCCGAGCGAACCAGUUGGUGAAAUCAAGAUGAUAUUUGGGAAAAAGAAGGCGAGACAAGAGAUAUCCCGGGGAGUGAUUACGCGACUUCUAGAGUUAUUGGCCAAGAGACAGGAAGAAUUCGAGAUCGCGAGGGGGGAUUUCUGA